UGGCGGGAGGCGGUCACCUGACCGGAAGCGAGGGGCGGGCGCCGAAAGCGAAAGGGGGCGAUGGUGCAGCCGCGCUGUUACGCUCCCGUCCGCCCGGGAGGCGGCCUUCAAGAAGCCAUGGAGAAGAUUAAGCAAACGGUGGAGCGGGCCAGGAACGCCUUCAACACUGGCAAAACGCGCCCCUUGGAAUUCCGCAUCCAGCAGCUGAAGGCCGUCGAGAGGAUGCUGAAAGAGAGGGAGAAGGAGUUCACCGAUGCCCUCAAAGCGGAUCUCCACAAGAGCUCCUUCAACGCCUACAGCUUCGAGAUCAUGGUGGUGCUGGCAGAGAUCGAGCUGGCGGUGAGCAAACUUCCCGAAUGGACUGCCCCGCAGCGCGUGGAGAAGAACAUCAUGGUCAUGAUGGACGAUGCCUACAUCCACCACGAGCCCCUGGGCACGAUCCUGGUCAUCGGGGCCUGGAACUAUCCCCUCACCCUCACCUUGCACCCUGUGAUCGGAGCCAUUGCGGCAGGGAACGCCGUCGUGAUCAAGCCCUCCGAGAUCAGCGAACACACCGCCAAGCUCCUCGAGGAGUUGGUCCCACAGUACCUGGACAAGGACUUGUACCCAGUUAUCAACGGAGGGGUGCCUGAGACAACGGAGGUGCUGAAACAGAAGUUCGACCACAUCAUCUACACGGGCAGCAGCCCCGUGGGCAAAAUCGUCAUGGCGGCUGCCGCCAAGCACCUCACCCCCGUCACCCUUGAGCUGGGUGGAAAGAGCCCCUGUUACAUUGACAAAGACUGCGACAUCGACGUCGCUUGCAGACGGGUCGCGUGGGGGAAGUAUAUGAACUGUGGCCAGACCUGCAUUGCUCCCGACUACGUCCUGUGCGACCCAUCCAUCCAAGGCCGAGUAGUGGAGGGCGUAAAAAAGGCCGUGGCGGAGUAUUACGGCGAGGAAAUAAAGGAGUCCCCAGACUACGAAAGGAUAGUGAACAAGCGGCACUUCAAGAGAAUCAUGGGGCUGCUGGAAGGGCAGAAGGUUGCUUACGGCGGGGAAGCAGAUGAAGCCAACUGCUAUAUAGCGCCCACCAUCCUCACCGACGUCAACCCCAACUCCAAGGUCAUGGAGGAGGAGAUCUUUGGGCCCCUCCUCCCCAUCAUCACCAUCAAGAACCUGGACGAGGCCAUCCAGUUCAUCAACCACCGGGAGAAGCCGCUGGCUCUGUACGUCUUCGCCAAAGACAAGGCGAUCAUCAAACGGAUGAUUGCAGAGACUUCCAGCGGGGGCGUGACGGCCAAUGACGUCAUCAUGCACUUUACAGUCCACAGCUUGCCGUUUGGUGGGGUCGGCUAUAGCGGGAUGGGGGCCUACCACGGCCGGUACAGCUUCCAGACCUUCUCCCACCAGCGGUCCUGCCUCGUCCGCUCCCUCAACAUGGAAAGCCUCAACAAGAUCCGCUACCCGCCUGGCAGCCAGAAAAAGGUGGACUGGGCCAAGUUCUUCAUCUUGAAGCGGUGCAGCAAAAGCAAGGUCGGGCUUGUUGUCCUCGCCGCACUGGGAGUCCUGUUGGCUGUCGCCAUAAAGUUCGGCUUUUUCUGAAUCCGAGGCCACCGCCCGCCGGAACGGGAGACGCUCUCGUCUGGGAUGGGGGGGGGGGGCAGGGGGUGUUCAGCACUCAAAUGCACAUUACUUUUUUUUCUUGCUGGUGAUUAAUCGCACAAUUGGAGAAUUAGAGCUGCUUUCUCUCCCUGCCUCCCUCUCCCCGCAUGAUUCUUUCUGUUGAAAAGUGAGUGUUAGGGCCGGGGAGGGCUGCUGCCACAUCCUCUCAGUCCAGGGGAACGGCGGAAAGCCUCAGCAAGCCUUGCUUGGGGGGGAGGGACGGGGGGUUCUCAAAGUAUUUGGAGACAGCUUCUCUGUCCUGCAGCUCACAUGGAUCAGUAUCCCCUCCCUUUAAAAAAAAAAAAAGAGCCAGGACUUGAUGUUUUCGAGGCAUCAGGCAAUCAGACGCUUUCUCUGUACCAUUUGUAAGAGCAAUAAAAGAAGGGGAUCAGUUUAGUGAGGGGUCUUUCCAAACACCUAGAUGGCCUUAAAGCAGUGCCCUUCCUUCUGUUCCAUUCCACUCUUUUGGCCUGAUGCUUGAGGCUGCUGGUCUAGGAAGAUCCUCCUGACCCCCGCUGGGCGGAGACCUGACCAACACACAGGCUGCCCCCCCCCCCCUCCGUGCAAAAGGGGAACAAGGAAAAAGCAACAGCAACGGGAAAGCUUUUUUGGCCCAGGGGGCAUCGGAUAGGAUCCGGUACUUCACACUGCAGCAUCUCUUCCCCUUUCCGCAACAGGUCCUUUUUCUUUUCAACGGAUGGUGUGUGUGUGCCAAAGACAUUCUCUUUGGGGCUGGGCUGUUUUCUGUCUUGCUGAAUAAUCUCAGCUGCUACGCUGUGCUUGUAAAACGGAGCGGAUUUCAACUUUUUUUUUUUUAACAGCUACUGAUAUUGUUUUCUAAAGAUCUGUGGUAUAUGCAAUUGAGGGAGGGGGAAGUUAAUAAAAGAUUUCUACGGGGGUGUUGACUUUCUUAUACUGCAGCUGACGCUUUCUGAUCUGCGUGAACAGUUGGGUUCCGCGGAGGAUAGGUGGGGGUGUUUCCCGUUGGUCCGUUUUUAAAAGCACUUCCGGUCUCUUUUUAUUAUUUUUUUAAAAGAAUCCUAUUAAAGUACUUUAAAUCUUCAGGGAUAGAGAACGACAAAGAUUAGAAUGAAUAAGAAGCUUUAUAUUGAAAUAUAACAUCCACCCCGUGUUUAAUAUAUAAUUAAACUUUGCAUACAUUGCAUAUAUACUUGGUGCGUGUAUUGGAAAUAAACAUCAUUAAACCCAGA